AUAGCCUGGUUUCAAUUGUAUUAACACAUUUACAACUAACGUUAACAAAAUGAAAGUAUUCUUCGUGUUCUGUGUGGCGCUGUCCAUUGCUAUGAGCGCCAACGCCCAAUACAUCCGACCGUGUGCUUCCAAUCUUCUCUCACCACUGGUUGCCCCCGGCCCCGUUGUUGCCUCUGCCCCCAUGGUUGCCCCAAUCGUCGGUUCCAACGCUGUUGCCACUAGCCUCGCUGAUACUCUGUCAUUGCUGACUGUCAGCAGCCUGCUUGCUGAGAAGUUACCGCUUGGCUACCCCCUCGUUGCUCCGUCCCUUGGCUGCGGAUGCAACUCCCCAUGUGGUUACCCCUACGUCCUAUAAAUAACGAAUUGCAUAUAAAUGUUCGAAAACAUUCCUAAUUUAAAAAUUUCUAUGCAGAUUUUUAAGAACUUAUAACUUAUUUUCUGUUUAGCUUUUUCUGCAAAUCGUAAAUUUAC